UUUCACCCCUAGGCUGACGGCCAUCACAAAGGCCCAUGUUCCACUUAGGUCCCGGCUAAGAUCCAGUUUGUAAGUUUAGUGGGACUAAAAUUGUUCAUAGUGCAUUUUACUAUACCCCUGCCAACAGGUGAAUAUCAAAUAUAAGGUCCUGACAGGAAACAUGCUGGAGAAAAUGGAAUGAUUCCGAUUGUCUUCAAAAGGAAUUGGAUCUGACCCAGUGAGGAUGGAGAUGGUGAGAAUGCAGAAAAAUGGCUCCCUCCUUCCUAGCAGGUUUACAAUGAAGGACCCAAUGCACCUGGCCACGACCAGUAUGAAUUGAAAGGCCCAAACUGGAUUCCUUCCAUCAGUGCCAGUUGUGCUAUUGAUGCCGCUCAGAAUCACCUUCACAUUCAUUCUCACUGCAACCACAAAAAAGUCAGUAAAAUGACACAAGGAAUGCAGUUGGCCCAUACAAUAUUAAGAUGAAAGAAAGAUGAAGAGUGCAACGUGCACGUCACACCCUCUGACGCUAAGAUUGGCCCAAUGAUCAAAGCCCCUGAGGAAAACAGCUCCAGCCAAAGGAGGACAUAGCAAGGCAAUCAAGUUUGUUUGGCAACUAAUUAGGACCUCCAUCACAAACAGCAUCGCAGAUCGUCCAGGCAGUCCUAGGAACUGUAUAAAAGUGCUCACAACUCAGGGCUCUUCUAAUCAUUUCUCCGGACUUCAUCUCCUCGGUGAGUUGGUUUACCUCCAUCCCAGAAAGAUGACUUGCUCCAGCCUGUGCUAUCCAGAAUGCGGAGUGGCCCGGCCCUGUCCGGUCACUGGUACCUGCAACGAGCCGUGCGUUAGGCAGUGCCAAGACUCUGAAGUGAUCAUCAGACCCUCACCAGUUGUCGUGACCCUCCCAGGACCCAUUCUCAGCAAUUUCCCUCAACACAGUGCAGUGGGAGCUGUAGGAGCACCUGUGGUCGGACCCGGUUACGGAGGCUCAUUCGGUUGGGGGGGAUUGCACGGCUAUGGAGGCCAUUACGGAGGAUUGUAUGGUUUAGGUGGAUACGGUGGAUAUGGUGGUUACGGCGGCCGUUAUGGUUAUGGGGGAUUAUGUGGUUAUGGGGGAUACUGCGGUUACCCAGGUGGUUAUGGUUAUGGGGGAUUAUGUGGUUAUGGGGGAUACUGUGGUUACCCAGGCUUCUGUGGUUACGGAGGAUUAUGGGGAUAUGGGGGAUAUGGCCGUAGGUAUCUCGGUGGAUACUGUGGGUCAUGCUAAACCCAGCAGGAACAUCCGUGGA